UCCCAUUAGAUAAUCUGUGUGUGUGUGUGGCUUUCCUGAAGUUCAGGUUUCACUACUCAGCCUACCUACAUGAUAAAAGAAAUUUCAAGCCAGAUAUUGCCAGAAAUGUCAGAAGAUUCAGAAAAGGAAGAAUAUUCAGACAGAACGAUCAGUGAUGAAGAUGAAUCAGAUGAGGAUAACUUCAUGAAAUUUGUAAGCGAAGAUAUCCAUCAGUGUGCACUUUUAACAGCUAACUCUGUUGGUGACCCAUUUUUCCCCCGGACUACCCAGAUACUGUUGGAAUAUCAACUAGGGAGAUGGGUGCCACGUCUUCGUGAACCACGAGAUUUGUAUGGUGUUUCUUCUUCUGGUCCACUGAGUCCAACACGGUGGCCGUACCACUGUGAGGUCAUUGAUGAAAAAGUCCAGCAUAUUGAUUGGACUCCUUCUUAUCCUGAGCCAGUGUACAUCCCAACAGGUCUAGAGAUAGAACCUCUUUAUCCAAACUACAAGGAAGAUACUGUAGUUUAUCUAGCUGAAGAUGCUUACAAGGAGCCCUGUUUUGUGUAUUCCCGAGUAGGGGGCAACCGAACACCCCUGAAGCAACCUGUGGAUAACUAUGACAAUACUUUGAUGUUUGAAGCAAGGUUUGAGAGUGGAAAUCUACAGAAGGUAGUCAAAGUGGCAGAAUAUGAAUACCAGUUGACUGUGCGCCCUGACCUCUUCACAAAUAAACACACCCAGUGGUACUAUUUCCAAGUCACUAAUACUCAAGCAGGAAUCGUCUACAGAUUCACUAUAAUCAAUUUCACUAAGCCUGCUAGUCUUUACAAUCGGGGUAUGCGCCCACUGUUUUAUUCUGAAAAAGAGGCCAAGGCUCAUAAUAUUGGCUGGCAGAGAAUAGGAGACCAAAUCAAAUAUUAUAGGAACAACCAGGGACAAGAGGGGCGCCAUUAUUUCUCUCUUACAUGGACAUUUCAAUUUCCACACAACAAAGAUACCUGCUACUUUGCUCACUGCUAUCCAUAUACUUACACCAACCUGCAAGAAUACUUGUCUAGUAUCAAUAAUGACUCAGUACAGUCAAAGUUUUGUAAAAUACGUGUCCUGUGCCACACAAUUGCUAGAAACAUGGUGUAUGUUUUAACGAUCACUACUCCUUUGAAGAAUGCUGACUCAAGAAAGCGAAAGGCUGUGAUUUUGACUGCAAGGGUACAUCCAGGGGAAACCAACAGCUCUUGGAUCAUGAAAGGCUUCCUAGAUUAUAUUUUAGGAGACUCAAGUGAUGCACAGUUGCUUCGGGACACUUUCAUCUUCAAGGUGGUACCUAUGCUGAAUCCAGAUGGUGUGAUAGUGGGAAAUUAUCGUUGUUCCUUAGCUGGACAAGAUUUAAACCGUAACUAUACAUCUGUCCUAAAGGAAUCAUUUCCUUCUGUUUGGUAUACCCGGAACAUGAUCCGUAGAUUAAUGGAGAAACGAGAGGUUAUUUUAUAUUGUGACCUUCAUGGCCAUAGUAGGAAAGAGAACAUCUUCAUGUAUGGUUGUGACGGUAGUGAGAGAUGUAAAGCAUUAUACUUACAACAACAAAUCUUUCCACUUAUGCUGAGCAAAAAUUGUCCAGAUAAAUUUUCAUUCUCAGCUUGCAAGUUUAAUGUUCAGAAGAGCAAAGAGGGAACAGGAAGGGUGGUAAUGUGGAAAAUGGGAAUCAAGAACAGCUUCACCAUGGAGGCUACUUUUUGUGGAUCUACCCUGGGUAAUAAACGAGGUACUCAUUUCAACACAAAAGACUUGGAGUCGAUGGGGUAUCAUUUUUGUGAUUCUCUUUUGGACUAUUGUGACCCAGACCGAACCAAGUACUAUCAGUGCCUGAAAGAAUUGGAAGAGAUGGAAAAACAUAUAAAUUUGGAAAAAGUCCUUGAGGAUUCAGAUACUUCUCUGAAAGAAAUUGCAUUGGAUCUAGAGUCUAGUAGCCGAGGCUCUGACAGUUCAGAAUCCAAUGAGUCUCAGACUUACCUUCUCAAAUUAACUUCUCAGCUAAAAAACAAGAAAAAACACUUGAAAACAAAGAAGGAAAGAAAUUCUACUAUAGCAAGUAAUCAAAACACCAGAGAAGAACCAGAGGUUUGUGAUAAAGGACAUUUAGUGCAAAGACACAAACAAUCAAAUUCUGAUGUGAAAGCUACAAACCCUGAUGUAUCAGAUGACAGUAUAUUUGAUUAUUUCAGAAGACCAUUCCCUAAUCAAGGUUUAGUGAAAAUACCCGCACGAGCUCCUUCUUGGCUUCUAAAAAGAUAUGUAAGCUCCCAAAAUAAGAUUCACAGGCUCAGCAAAGACCAACAAAGACAAUUGGUAGAAACUGGUGAGAAGUCAAUCCAGGAAAUAAUUCAGCCCAAGAGCACCGAUUUGUAUGGAAACUGUUUCAAAGUGACAUCCUUCAAGUGUCCUAUGAGCACACAAAUUCCCAGUUGGACUGAGAAGACAAGGAUCCCAAGAGGAGAUCUGCAUCACAACUUGAAAAGAAAAAUGAAAGAAUGUACUUCUUUCCAAAGCAAGAAGACUGGCAUAAAUUGGACAGAUGAUGAGAAAACAAUCUACAGGGAUAAAAGAAUAGCUCAAACUCAAGAAAUACUGCAGUAUUUGUUCCCUAUCAUGGAAAGCACUAAAAUUGUGCAAAACCCCCAGAUAAAACAGAUACUCAAUCCAAGAACCAACUUCCAAAUUCAACAUCAAUUAAAGCCAGCUACUUUCAUAAAUAUAAAGAGAUACAGCACAUCCUGGACACAACCCAGAAAUCCCCGUUUUACAAGCCAAAGUAACCUUGUGGUAAGCUCUUCAGAGUGGCUCCAGUCUGUGUCCCAGCGGUCAUUUGAAAGUUUGUCACCUCUCAAGGUGCCCAAGAAGAAGAAAAAACACUCUCAAAUCAAGGCCACAAAGACUCAAGAUGUGAAACCUCUCAGCAGCAAAUGGGAGACUGCUCCCUCAAGUUUUGAGAAAGAUGCAGAUAUCAAAGGAAAGAGUCUUCAAGCUGAAGGAUCCAGUGACCAAAACUCUAAGCAAAUAGCUCCACAUCUAAUUAGGAAUAGGGAUGAGCAACCAAAUAGGAAUUAUGGACAACCUACUUCCAUUUGA